AUGACCCCUCAGAAGAAGAAGAAGAAGAAGAGACGCCCUUCUUCUUGGCAGCAAAACGAGGUAAAGAUAAAUAA